AUGGGCGCCGUCGUCUCCUGCAUUCGAUCUGCCCUGCAGACCAUCGGCGGCUGCAUCAUGGCCGUCAUCAGCGGCAUCGGCGGCAUCCUCCAGGCCAUUAUCAGCGGCAUCGUCUCCUUCUGCGGCAUCGUCGUCUCCUUCCUCACCUGCGGCUACUGCGGGAAGCGCCGGCGUACGACUAGGAGUCGCGUAUAG